CACCAAUACGCCUGCGUAUCAGUGACGACGCAGAGAAGUGUAGGAUGUAGCACAGGACGUGGCUAUCGAGCUACUAGUUACAGCAGGACAUCCAAAAAUACAUAUAAUUUGCUGCAAGGACGUGUUUUAGUAAAUGUUCGAGAAGUAUUUGUGUCCAUUUUGCUGCACAGAUUAUUUCAACCAGAUGUGACCGGCCAGCAGUUAGUCAAGAGCUGAAUGGAAACAUUCAAGGCCUUUUGUGAGUGAGGAGGUUGUGGGUCCUAGUAAUGUACCAUGGGGUAUGAUGUUACGAGGUUCCAAGGGGAGGUGGACGAAGACCUACUGUGCCCUAUAUGUAGCGGAGUGCUAGAAGAACCAGUGCAGGCCCCGCACUGCGAGCAUGCCUUCUGCAAUGCCUGUAUAACACAGUGGUUUGCCCAGCAGCAGAUUUGUCCUGUUGACCGCACAGUAGUGACACUAGCUCACCUCCGGCCUGUGCCCCGCAUCAUGCGCAACAUGCUGUCCAAACUUCAGAUCAGCUGUGACAAUGCAACCUUUGGCUGCACAGCCACACUACGGCUCGACCAGCUGCAGUCACACCUCAAAGACUGUGAGCACAACCCCAAAAGGCCUGUCAACUGUGAGGAAGGAUGUGGCCUUGAAAUGCCCAAAGAUGAACUGCCCAACCAUAACUGCAUCAAACACCUCCGGAGUGUUGUACAGCAGCAACAAACUAAGAUUUCAGAGCUGGAGAAAACUGUGGCAGAGCAUAAGCACCAGUUGGGGGAACAAAAACGAGACAUUCAGCUGCUAAAAGCCUACAUGAGAGCAAUCCGCAGUGCUAACCCUAACCUGCAAAACCUUGAGGAAAGCAUCGAGUACAAUGAGAUUUUAGAGUGGGUCAACUCCAUGCAGCCGGCCAGGGUGACCCGCUGGGGUGGGAUGAUCUCCACUCCGGAUGCUGUGCUCCAGGCAGUCAUCAAACGCUCCCUCAUCGACAGCGGCUGUCCUCUCUCAAUUGUAAACGACCUAAUCGAGAACGCCCACGAGCGUAACUGGCCGCAGGGACUGGCCACGCUCGAGACACGGCAGAUGAACAGACGCUACUAUGAGAACUACGUUGCCAAGCGUAUCCCUGGCAAGCAGGCGGUUGUGGUGAUGGCCUGUGAGAAUCAACAUAUGGGGGAGGAUAUGAUCCUGGAGCCCGGCCUAGUCAUGAUCUUUGCGCACGGCGUGGAGGAGAUCUUAUAACUGUACAACUAGCUGAGCUCAUCCAGAGACAAGUGGGGACGUUUUGCUUGGGGGUUUGCUGUGACCAGUUGAUUUUUCCUCGCUGAAUAAAACUUCAGAAUAAAUCUGGCUUAUUUAAAAGAAAAAUCAUAGAAGAGUCUCAGUUCUGAGUUUGAAACCUAUGCCUUAAAGGACAAAUACAUGAACCUGGCAAGUAGAAACUUAAUCUGAACGAUAUCUAAGAUAAAAGGUGAGAUGUGCUGUUUACAAGGUUUAUAUUUAGUGCAUUAUAUGAUCUGAUUGUUCUGCUCCAUGUCCUGAAUAGUAAUAAGCUUGAACCCCCAUUUAAUGUCCUCAGUUGUAUAAAUGCUUGUAAAUACAAAUACUAUAUUGAAUUAUAAAUGUCAUUCUUAUUCUUCUCACUGUAAUUGUGAUUUACAUUUUUUGUUUUGUUUCAGUUCUGUUGAGUCAGCCUGUGUGACAGUCUGCAGGAAAGUUUACUCUGAAGAUUUUUGUUAUUCUAUUUUUUUUUUUUUUUUUUUUUUUUUUUUUUUUUUUGAAUGCUUGCUGUAGUAUUUAGUUUUCUGUGAAUAUUUCAGGAGACAUUGUGCUUCUCAUUUUAGAUUGUCCAAACCUUCUGUGCCAUUUGUUUUAUUUAUUGUGUUGCCUUUUACACAAACAUGCUUGAAGAUGUUACCAUUUAAUGUAUGGAAAUCUGCCUUUUUCGGUGCAUUUGAAGUCCAUUGGAGGAAGAAAAAUUGAUUUUGUGUUUUCAUUGUUGCCUCGGUUGUAUAUAGUCUAUUUGUUGGGUCCAGUUGAAGUGUUAAAAUUUAUCUGUUGGGAUUUAACUAUGUAUUAUUACUCAUUUGACAAAUCAAAAUGGUUUACUUCAUAUGUUCAGUGAUUCUCAUCUCAUUUUCUUAUCUUUGAAGCAUUGACUGAUAUCAUUCUACACAGUUCACAUUUAUGUCACUGAAGUACACAGUGUGGAGAUUGUAAAAGAUAUAUAUAGAAAUAUAAUAUUUACAAGUCACUAAUGGUUUCUGAGGGGUAAAAUAUUGCACCAUUACUCAUAUAUAGUCAUAGCAAGACAAGACUUCAGAUGUCUGGUAUAAACACCUACAAAAACAGUAAAUGGAUAAGUUUGGAUUGUGCCCUUUAUUCUGUUUUCCUGUUAAUGUUUUAAUUUGUUUUGUGUCUGUUAAUGUACUGUGUUGUACAGACAAGAAAGGAAUAAAAUGUAAAACUUCAUCCUAAAAGAAUGUAUCUGAUUGGGAUAACAGGGCUUUAAAUUUAGCACCUUAAUUAGGAAAAAAUGCAGUUCCUUUUUUUACCACACUAUGUCAUCAGUGAUCUGUAGGGAGCUGUAUUUCUUAAGGGCAUGGACCUGAAUAUAUUAUGUAAAGACAUAAGAGAAUAUUGCUGUUGCUUUUAAGAAAUCAGGCCAGUAAGGAGGAGAUGUGGGAUCUGAAAUGCUAAAAUGAUUCACGAAAU